AUGGGGGCCGGCGCGUCGGCCAAGGAGGCGCCGCUGGAGUCGAGCGACCCCGAGGAGCAGGCGAUCUACGCGCGGCUCAAGGCGCGCUACGACGGCGAGUCGCCGGCCCUCGGGAGCGAUGUUGAGCGCGACGCGCUCUACGCGACCCUCAAGAAGGAGUACGACCAGUGGCUCAGCGACGGCCACGACGCGCACCCGCACGCCAUCUCGGCCGGCGACGUCGUCCAGGCGCCCGUCGACGGCCUCUACUUCGAGGGCGUCGUCACGCACGUCGACGCCGAGGGCGCGCACGUCGACUUUGGGGACCACGACAUCCAGGUCGUCGACGCUGGCGCGUGCCGCCGCGUGCUCAGCUGGAGCGUCCUCGAGGUCGGCGACACGGUGCAGGUGCGCGAGGAGCACUCCCACCUCCUCUUCCUCGGCACCGUCGACGCCGUGAACUUCGGGGACGAGGGCGAGCCGCCGCGCCGGAAACGACCCGCGGAAUGGACGCGUCCGGCGAAACGGCUCCAGCUCGGCGAGCCGCGCUACGACGUCGCCUACGACGGCGAGGCCGACGUCGAGGCCGACGUCGCGCCGAGCCGCGUGCGCAAGGUGCGGAGCGCGCGGUCCACGGCCGUGAAGCGCUGGAAGGAGGCCUUCCACGCCGUCGUCGCCUGCCACGCGUUCAACCGCGCGAGCCUGCCCUUCGCGGCCGUCGGCGGCCGCGACGCGAUCAAGUGCGCCAUCGACCACCACCACGGCCCCGGCGACGACGACGCGCACCACGGCGACGACGACAAGGCCGUCGAGGACACGCCCGUGUCGCCGCGCGCGACGGCGUUCGUCGGCGGCGAGCCGCUCGUCGUCGGCGACAUCGUCACGUGCCGCCCGCCCGGCGAGGACCUCUGGUGCGAGGGCGUCGUCACGGACGCGGACGCGAAGCGGGGCCGCGCGCUGAUCCACAUCACCAACGAGGACACGGAGGAGCACGCGGGCAAGGACCUCUGGAUCGCCAAGAAGUUCCACUGGCACACGCUCGAGGUCGGCGACCGCGUCGAGGCGCAGCCCCGCGACGAGGCGCUCUGGUACAGCGCCAUCGUCCUCGAGGUCACGCGGAGCCUCUGCGACGGCCACCUCGAGUACACGGUCCAGUACACGGACGAGCACCACCACAACGACGACGACGAGCACCACGGCCACGGCCACCCGGGCGAGGACGACGAGCACGAGAUCGAGCACCACCUCCCGCCGGCGAAGCUCCGCAAGGUCCAGUCCGGCCGCUCCCUGACCAACGUCCAGCGCUUCAAGCUCGCGGGCCGCAUGGUCUCCGCGAUGCGCGCGUUCCGCGCGUCCGGGUUCACGCACAAGCACCACGACGGCGGCGCGGACGCCAAGGCCGACUCCAAGGCCGACGCCGCCGUCGCCGCCCUCGCGGCCAAGGGCGACGCCCCGGCCGACGAGAAGAAGUGA